AUGAGUUCAAUAUGUACUAUUCCUGAUGAAGAUCGAGAUAUUCUAUUUAUUCAAAGCAAUAUUUUUAUUCCAAAGGGUAGUCGAUGUUCUCCAUGUCAUGUUGUUGAUGGACGUUUAAUUAAUGAUGAUUUACAUAGAAUUCGUCCGCUUCAAAUUAUCCAAACAUCUUUCUCUUCCAGUGAUAUAUUAACAUGGUUUGACGAAUUCCGAUAUCAUUAUAAUUCAAUUCGAUAUUUUGAUUUUGAUUCUCCUUUUGCAAUGUCAGAAUCUGAUUGUUACAAUCUUACUGGAAUCACAAAAUUAAACUUUGAGCACCUACCUAAUCAGGUUUCUGGUCGAUUCCAACAUUAA